GCGGCCCGAGAUGCGCAGGCCACGCAGCCUCGCCGACGAUUGUCCCUGGAGAGCCUCCAGGCGCCCGGGUGGGGCCGCGAUCGCGCCCCGCCAGUCACCCCGGCAUGUGGGCGCGGCGGGGCGGCGCGGGCGGGCGGCUGCAGGAGCUGUUUGGCGUCCGGGUCAGAGUAUUUGCUCAGCCCGCCUGCGCCGCUUGGGACGCUUCUGCCUUUCCCUCCCUCUCUUCCCCGACGGCUUCUGGCGGCCAAGUGGAAGUGGCGGGUGAUCGGGCCACCCUGCCCAGGGGCGCCCAGCACUGGUUCAGUGAACAGCAUUUUGGACAGGACAUUUGGUGCCAGGUCUCAGGAGCCAGUUUGCAGAAUUAUUGCGCCAGUCAGCCAGGAUUGUGAGCUGUUCGGGAAGUUUUGUGGACACGCCCAAGUGCCAGCACAGGUGGAGGGACACCUGAAGGCCAGUUUCAGGAACUUUUGCCACAGGUAUAAAAGACUCCAGAACUGCAAAGAUGCUGAAACAGAUACUGUCGGAGAUGUACAUAGAUCCUGAUCUACUGGCAGAGCUCAGCGAAGAACAGAAACAGAUCCUGUUCUUCAAGAUGAGAGAGGAACAGAUCCGACGAUGGAAAGAAAGAGAAGCAGCUAUGGAAAGAAAGGAGUCCCUGCCAGUGAAACCCAGACCAAAGAAAGAGAAUGGCAAAUCCGUUCAUUGGAAGCUGGGAGCCGAUAAGGAAGUCUGGGUGUGGGUGAUGGGCGAACACCAUCUAGAUAAACCCUAUGAUGUGCUCUGUGAUGAAAUUAUUGCUGAGAGGGCCCGGCUGAAAGCAGAACAGGAGGCAGAAGAGCUCAGAAAAACUCACUCUGAAGAAUUCACCAAUAGCUUGAAAACAAAAUCACAGUACAAUGAUCUGCAGCCUCCAGAUAACCAGCUGACUAAAGACAUCUGCAAGACAGUGGCAGAAAAGGAGGAAUUGGAGCGAGGAUCUAGCCCAGCACCAACCCUGGAAGACGAGAAAAUCCGAAAGAAAGAAUCCAUGAAGAAAAAACAAGAAGAAGAAAUAAAUCAAAUAGACGAAGAGAGAACAAAGCAGAUUUGUAAGAACUGGAAAGAAGACUCGGAAUGGCAGGCAUCUCUGCGAAAAUCCAAAGCAGCUGAUGAGAAGAGACGUUCCUUGGCUAAACAAGCACGAGAAGACUACAAGAGGUUAUCCCUUGGGGCCCAGAAAGGACGAGGUGGUGAGAGGCUGCAAAGCCCCCUGCGUGUUCCACAGAAACCAAAAAGACCUCCCCUUCCACCCAAGCCUCAGUUCCUAAACCCAGCGGCGUAUCCUCAAAAAUCUCUUAGAAAUCAGGGAGUGGUGAGGACAGUGUCCAGCUCUGCCCAAGAGGACAUCAUCCGGUGGUUUAAAGAGGAGCAGCUACCACUUCGAGCAGGCUACCAGAAAGCUUCAGACACCAUAGCCCCCUGGUUCCAUGGAAUUCUCACACUCAAGAAAGCAAAUGAACUUCUUCUGAGCACAGGCGUGCCCGGCAGUUUUCUCAUCCGAGUCAGUGAAAGGAUCAAAGGCUAUGCCCUGUCCCAUCUGUCAGAGGACAGCUGUAAACAUUUCCUCAUCGAUGCCUCUGCAGACUCCUACAGCUUCCUGGGCGUGGACCAGCUGCAGCAUGCCACCCUGGCGGAUUUGGUGGAAUAUCACAAGGAGGAACCCAUCACUUCCCUGGGAAAGGAGCUCCUCCUCUAUCCCUGUGGUCAGCAGGACCAGCUGCCUGACUACCUGGAGCUGUUUGAGUGACAGCCUCCAUCAGGGUCAUCCUACAGCCUCCAACUGGGCUUCCCCCUGGACAAACGCCACUGCAACAUUUAUGUGUGAAGCCAAAAGCACCCUGCAGCAGAGCCAAUACUGAUCAACUGAAAGCGUCCAUGGAAUCCUCAUUGACACCUCUCUUCUGCACAAAUACUGGAAUUCAAUGUCAAGAGAAAAUGACCUCUGCUCAUAUUCACUCCAAAAGUAAAGGGAGAAGAGUCUCAAUCUCAGCAAGCGUCUGUCAUGAAGGGUAUGACCUUAAUGAUGUACAUAAAACAAAUGAAGAAAUGGAAACCUUUUAGAAAUUAAGGUGUACUUGAAAACCAGUAUCUUUGUGAAGUAUCAUAUGACCCCUGUACUCCCUCUGUAUCAUCUCAGGAGGUUUCAGGGGCCUAUUGAUAUCAAGUUUCAGGCUGGCUUUGGAAUGCUGGCCAAAAAAAAAAAAAAAAAAAACAUUUCCUGGCUGAGAUGAUGCUUAAAACACACCUCACUUACUGUACAUGUUGGAACCAGGAUAUGAGAGACAUAGAAAAACAGAAGUCAUGAAUGUAAAUGGAAUGAGAAGUUUUAAAACAUAGGAUGAGCGGCUUAACAUGCAUAAAAAUACAGAUGGACCUGCAGGAGAGUGAGCACACGUCACUGAGUUUGUUUUCUUGUUCUGGAGAAGGGGGCCAGGGCUUGCCUGGCCUCCCCUGGCUCUAGAGUGCACCAAAAGAAUAAAGCAUCUGCACAUGUAAUUUUUUUUUAUCAGUAGUGCAUACACCAGAACAGAAUAAGCAGGCUGUUUGGAUGCUACUUGUGGUUGAAUUGUGUUCCCCCAAAAUAUAUAGUGAAGUCUUAACCCCCAUCCCCGUGAAUGUGACCUGGUUUGGAAAUAGGGUCUUUGCAGAUAUAGUCAAGUUACGAUGAGGUCACACUGGAUUAGGGUGGACCCUAAAUCCAAUGACUGACAUCCUCAGGAGAAGAGAGAGGUUUGAUAAUAGAGACAAAUGCAGUGGGAAGACGACCAGGGGACAAGAGGCAGGUUGGAGUGAUGCAGCCAGAAGGGACACCAAGAUCGCUGGCCACCAACAGAAGCCAGGAGAGCGGCAUGGGACAGGUUCCCACCAAGCCUUAGGAGGAAGCAUGGCCCUGACUUCGGAAUUCCAGACUCCAGAACCAGGAGAAUAAAUUUCUGUUGUUUUAAGCUGCUUAGUUCAUGCUGUUUGUCACAGUUCAUGCUGUUUGUUACUAUAGCACCACAAAGCUAAUACAGUCGUUUAUGUAAUUACAUCACGUGACACACAGGACUGACCCAUUAGUUGCUGCCCAGUCCACCAUUUUCAUAAUGAAGUAGAAAUGGUAGGUAAAGAAAACAUUCCAGCCAGUUCUGUUCAGCCCUGGAACACGUAUCUGUCCCGUCAGGAAUCUUAUGCCCUGCUGCACCCCUCCACCCACCUUGGUCCACUCCCAGUCAGGGGAAUGGCCUCUGGACAGGGACUGAGGUGGCUCUGAGCCACUGGAGAUCAUUUUUCUGGGAGGAUGGAAAUUGGCUAGGACCUCUGGCCUAACUCUGUAGGUCAACACUCUUUACAUUGCCUUUUAAUAAAAGCAGAAUGAUACAGCA